AUACUGUCGAGUGUGUUGCGGAAGAGCUAAGGUAAUAAAUCGUUUAUAUGUAAAAAGUAUGGUAGCUUAAACAGUCGGAAAAGAUCAUGGAACUUUUUAAAAUAAAUCUGCCUGUUGAUAUUCUCGAAGACUUUGCUUGGCAUUUACUGGGAUUUUACCACAAAGUAAUUAGUAAAGAAUUUAAUAUAAAAAAGAGAAAGAAUGUUCCAGUGUUAAAACGUGCUCUGGAGCGGAGUUUACUAACUCUUGACAAAUGGAGAGCUGUUCCAGUUUAUAACACUGCUGUUGAAAGAUGUGCUUAUGUGUUUAAGCAUUCGCCUCUGAUUUCUAGCAUAGCUGGUCAUCAUUUGUUACAGUUAUUCAAACAAUAUCCUUGCAAAAUUGACCAACUAUUGCGUCAAGGAGAGUUGAAGGUUUGCUGUCUGGCCGGAGGUCCAGGUACAGACGCUGUAGCUGUCAGUAAAAUAGUAACUGCUGUUUAUCAAGCGUUUUGGUUUCAAAGUAAACAGCAACUAACAUUGCACAUAACAGUUAUUGAUAAUGAUGAGAACUGGAACAUAACAACCCAAAAUGUGAUGCAAGUGCUAGAGCAAACGCCACAGUUUUUCGAUGCCGAAAAGAUGAGACUGAGUUUCCAAUUCUUAAAAGCUGACCUUACGCAACCGUUGAAAGACAAUGCUUUGCUCGAAAUCUGUCAAGCUGAUGUCCUCACGAUGUUUUAUAUGAUGUCAUCUUUUUCCCAAAAGACGUCGGGACUUGCCAAGUAUCGAAUGAUUCAGAGAAUCUUUGACAGCAUGAAAAUCGGUGCUUUGCUUUUAUUCAUUGAUGAGCCUCUAUCUUCACACUACAAAGCUAUGAAUGUCAGCGCUCACAUGUUUCAAAACGUGAAUGAAGUUUAUGGGCCACAUGAGCGCGAACUGCAUAUUCUACCUUGGGAUGCCAUCAAAAGGAAUAUCGAACUUUACUCGAAGGAUUUAGGCUUAAGUAUGUGUUCCUAUUCUUGCACAUGCACUGUAAGCGCUUGGUGCAAAGAAUCUCAACCAAUUCCAGCAGCAAGUAAACCAGCUCAAAGACGCCUUAGUGAAAGUGAUGCAAACCAGAGAAAAUUGGACAAGCAAGAAAAGGUAACAGCUCGUAUGAGACUUAGUUCAGAAAGACAAGACGUACAUCAGGCAAGGAUGCAAAAAAGAAAUAGAACUGUGAGUUUAAAUGCUGAAAAGUUAAAGGCGCUUGAUUGUAAAGUUCAGAAGAUGUUUGGGGAUUACAUGGAUUGCAACGUUGAAGAAAGCAAACACAAGGUGGAAGAUGAUUUUGAAAAUGGAGCAUAUUUCUUAACAAAACCAAAAAUUAAGCGUAUAUUUUUGCAACCGUUGAUAGAUACGCCGAGCAAACAAAAGAGGAAAAAAUCCAAAGAUUCUACCUAUGAGGAAUUUUAGCUGCAGUAUUUUGAGGAAAGCAAAAUAAAACGAAAUACCAUCAUGCUGUUAUGUAGGUAAAAAAAAGAUGUUAGCCAUUCCAGGGUUCGUAGCCACAUUUUAGUUAAAAAAAUAAGCACCUAUAAGCACAUUUUAAAGAAAAAAUAAGCACCUGUCUAAUUACAUUAUAUACAACUGCAUAACCUUAAAAGAAAAAUUAGCUGU